AUGACUCAUUUGAAGGCUUCAAUAGGAGACGUUCCUAAUCUAGUGAUUAUAUCAUAUCGUCACAUCUCAAUUGCAAAGGCAGUUGCAAGAAUAUUCCCAAAUGCAUUUCAUGCCCUAUAUAUAUACCAUAUUCGGAACAAUUUGGUGGACAAAUUCAAGAAUAAGGACAUAAUCCCACAUUUCUACCUAGUGGCAAAAGUAUAUAGAAUGUCUGAAUUUCAGAUGUAUUGGGCUAAGCUCCAUCAAUAUUCUGGUGUGACGGCCUAUCUUGAGGAGGUUGGAUUACAACAGUGGGCAAGGGUUUAUCAAGUCUAUUGUAAGUAUGACAAGAUAACGACAAAUAUAGGAGAAUACCUCAAUGGAGUGUUGAAAGAUGCCCGAGAACUACCAUUAACAAAGCUAUUAGAGCAUAUCCGUGAGUGGCUACAAGGUUGGUUCUAUAUCCGACAUACACACGCAAUGAUAUGCACAAACAUUGUAACUGAUUACGCAAUGAGUAUUUUUAAGGAAUCAAAGUUGAUAUCUAGAACAUAUCGUGUUUCUCCGGUGGAUAUGCAUAUAAUUAAUGUGGACGAUGAAUAUUUUGGGGGGUUGGUUGGUCUUCGUUCACGGACGUGUACGUGUAUGGAGUUUAAUUGCCUCGAGAUCCCAUGCUCUCAUGCAAUAUCUGCAGCGACCCUAAGAAACAUUAAUGUUCAAACAUUAUGUGAAAAAUGGUUUACAUUUGAGUGUGUGCUUGCUGCUUACACCGAAUCAAUCUUCCCAGUCGGACACAGUCAAGAAUGGGUUGGAGAUUUUGAACCAAUUCUACCACCGGAAAAGGUAGUAAGUGUAAGUCGAUGUCAAACUAUCAGGAUACCUUCAAUUGGAGAGGAGCCACAACAAAUACACAAGUAUACACGAUGUGGUCAGACAGGACAUAACAAGAAAACAUGCAGACAAACAUUGAUAACACCUGACACUGGCCCGACUAGACUAAACAAUAUGUAA